GCGAUGCUCACUUGUCGUGCAAGAACGCGAGUGUAGAAAAUCGCUAAAUAAUAAUUUCCCGAAUGUGAAGGUUAUACUUGAACGUCUGCAAACAGUUUGUAAUUUGUGACAGAAGACUUGCAGCCAAAAUCAUGUCGUACUGCAGGAAGGAGGGAAAAGAUGUCAUCAUGUUCGUGACGAAAGAAGAUCACACGACGACGAGUGCUUCAAACAUCAACAUGUCCAUGGAUGACUUGGACGAUGAACCGGGUCUGAUUCUACCGAGUGGUGAGAUAAACUGGAACUGUCCCUGCCUGGGAGGCAUGGCAACGGGUCCGUGCGGAGUACCCUUCCGCAGCGCGUUCUCUUGUUUCCACGACAGCCGGGCGGAACCGAAGGGAUCGGACUGCAUCGAGGAGUUCCGUGAUAUGCACAUGUGCAUGUCGAAAUACCCAGAACUGUACAAAGACUACAGCAACGAUGACGACGGCGAGAUCACGGAAAACGGCAACAAUGAGAGUGCGGAAGAUAGUGCGAGCAAGUCAGACGGUGCACCAGAGGGCGCUACCAGUGCAGCAGAGGGCGCUACCGCUGCGGCGGAUAGUAUGCCGAACACGAAGGAAAGCAGCUGAGGAAUAUAUUACUAGGAAAUUACGUGCUGUCCCGUCGUAUAUUUUUAUUUGUACAUGAUCAUGAAGGGUACGAGAUCGUUGUCAACGUCUCGCCUAGCGAACAACACCUCUAAUCAGUGACUGUUAGCAUAACCUCUUGCACUUAAACCUCUUAUUAUAAGUGGCAGUGAGUUUCUGCAUUAGACACAACACUAAGAACCUUGGUAGUUCGUUUCUUUACAAAAUAUUUUGGCUUUUAUUUUACAAAA